AUGGGCGAUUUCGCACCAAGUCAGAUAGGAGAAGAAGCUGCUGCGUUGGGAACAACAAUCGUUUCAAACGGGGAAUGGGACAAGCUAAACAUCACCUGUUUGUCAGGUGCUGAUAUCUUAAGUACCAGAGAGCAAAACUUCUCAUCCGUUUUUGGAGCUGCUGGCUCUCUACUCGUCGUAAUCUACGGACUCGUACGUUUACUCUGGUAUAUUGCUAUCGGACUUUUCCCUUCAUACUUCAAGAAAGCACAACUCCAAAGCACUUCUAUGCUGAGGAGGAACAAAUUCUCAGUGUCCUUGACAUUCGUCUGGUGUUUUGUCAUUUCUCUCCUUACCAUUCCGCAAUUAUGGGGUGUCUUGAGACUGAGGGGCAUUCAGAGGGUCUUGGCAGGGAAUACGAAAAAUGUUUAUGUUGACGAUCGAUGGAGUUUUGGACAAAUACUUUCUGUUAUGAUAUUUGCUCCCGUGUUUACAGGAAUGGGAUUCUUGUUCAUCAGGAAGGGAGAAAACGAGGGAUGA